CUAUUUUUCUUAUAUGAACAUGAGAUCAUAUUUACAGAAUUCCUCACUGAACUUUAGUGCUCACUCAAAUCUCAAUAUUAUUUUUAUCUCAUUCUAAAUAUCAAUGUUUUGCAGAUCUUUGCUUAUUUUAUACUGCCUGUUAUUUUGGAAACAAAUGCUUUCAUAUUUUUUUAUGUCCAAUGUAGUGAAAACAUUGUUUAUAGUUAAUAUUGGUAAACAUUUAACCAUUUUGGCAUGGCUCAUGUUGUGAGCAAAAAACUAUUGGCUACAGAUGAUGCAUUGGAACAAGUUCUUCCUUUGUGUGUAAGUAAAGGUGGUUUUAGAUUGGCUAGAGUGAAAUUAGACCAUGAUGGCAUUGUUGUAAAUUUUGUUUUACCUGAUGGUGUACCUAUCAAAAAUAGUUCAGAAAAUGGUAGAAACCACUCAAGUGAGAAAAUUCUCUUGAAAGCCCCUGAGAUUGUUGGUUCUUGUGUAACCAGAUCUACGGAGUCAAUUUCAAAAUCAGUGUUUCUUAAAAUUUUUGCAUAUCCCAUUGAUGAAUCCAAGAGGAAUCCAAGCCGGCGUCGCAUCUCCAUAACAAUGGAGUUUGAAACGCAACCUACCAUGGAAGAGAAUUAUCACCAUGCCAUGAAGUGGGCAAACUUUGUUCAUGAUAUGUUGCAGCCUGAUACACCUAUAUUUGGCAGUCCAGAUGUUUGCUUUCUAGGAAUGUCCUCUACUGACAAACUGCUUGUGCUUGUCAAUCCAAACUCAGGGCCUGGGAAAGCCUAUCAAAUCUUCCGUAAACAGGUUGCUCCAGUCCUGAGUGACAGUGGUGUGGCAUAUGAUGUGAUCAUCACUCAGAGGGCAAAUCAUGCUCAUGAUCUCAUGAAGACUUUGGAUCUGCAGAAGUACAAAGCUGUGGCAGUUGUUGCUGGUGAUGGGCUUCUGUAUGAGGUCUACAAUGGUCUUGGCUGUCGCAGUGACUGGAUGUCAGCUUUGGGUCUGCCAGUAUGCAUUAUCCCUGGGGGGUCUGGCAAUGGUCUUGCCAAGUCACUUGCUUACUGGAGGAAAGACCCAGAGCUGAAGAGGCCAAGAUCCCAGUGCUUAAUAUCGGCACUAAACCUUGUACGUGGCACACCCAAGCCAAUGGAUCUCAUUCUCAUCCAUUCCCAUUCAGGCAAGAGGUAUAUUUCAUUCCUGUCAUUUGGCCUCGGGCUUCUGACGGACAUCGACAUCCAGAGUGAGCGUCUGCGCAUUCUAGGAGAGGCACGCUUCACCCUCUGGGGUAUAGGGAAGGUGAUGGUUCAGAGAAGAUACAGCGUGACCAUUUCUUUCAAGAGAGCGUCUGGCAUCAAACGAGACGAGCUGAAAAAGUCAGCCUCACAAAGUGAACUCCAAUCUCAAACUUGUGAAAGCAGGCGCCCUAACCUCCAGCACAGCAUCUCCUGCCACGCCCCUCACCCUGAAGACCCGCCCUCCCCUUCAACUCCUGACGAAGAUGACGUCCCUAACGAGUUUCCUGGUAAUCCUGAAGUAGAAGAUAAUGAUGACAGCUCUUCGUUUCCGUUGGGGCAUAGCAGAGACGAAGUAGAGCUUGGGCGUGACGCUCUUGAUGAGUCGCUGUGGAACAAGAAGACUUCGACUCGUAAGGCAGACUACUCCCACCUACUACAGAAGGGAGGCGCUGAUGCAGCCUGUCCGUUCUCCGAUCCUGUGCCUGAAGACUGGGAGACCAUAAAGGGUGAAUUUUUGUUGGUAUACGUGGUGUAUCAGUCACACAUCAGCAGCAGUGUGAUGAUGAUACCUGAAGCAGCUCCCGAUGACGGCAUCAUGUGGCUCAUCCUCAUGCCAGGCUCCAUGAGCAGACCUGCCAUCGCUAAGGUGUUGCUGCAGUUAGACAACGGUAUGUACGCUCGUGUCCCUGGAGUGCGUCUCAUCCCUGUUACCGGGGUGCGCAUUGUGCCCCACGACACCCAAGGGCUCCUCACGAUAGACGGCGAGAGCAUCCCCUUUGAGCCCAUCCAUGCUCAGGUCCUGCCGGGCCUCGCGCGGGUUCUUGUGCGAUGAAAGAAGCUGUGUGUGAACGAUAAUUCUGAAGGAGAACUAUUAGCAAGUUGGAAAAAAUUGCAACCAAAGUUCACAAGAACGUCCGUUGUUCGAUAAAGAUUGGAGACAAUUUUUCUACAAGAACUAUCAGCAAGUCGGUAAAGAUUAACUAAAAUUCUCAAAAAAUACUAUCCGAAAGUUGCGUGUUCCUGGUAAAUUAGGCUAUUGCAGAUUGAUUCUAUUUUUUAGAGAUUGCAAGCAAAACUUCUCGAUUUUUAGAAGCUUUUUUUGAAACGCAGUUUUCUGGUAAAAUUAAAAGCAAAAGGUAGUCACGCUAUUUAGCCUACUGGAAAACAUCUGUAACGUGAAGUCUUAUUUAUAAUUGUUCUUCAAAAUUAAAUACCAUAUUUUUUAAGACUUUAUUUCUUAAUUCAAUGUACGGAAAUAAUUUUCAACGCCAUAACGAUGUUUUUACCAAAUAAACUUAACCGCAAUCCCGUGCCUGUCAUGUAUUAAACACACUCAGGCGUCUAAACAUAUGUAAAAGAGUUUAUUUUUAUAAUCAAUAAGUACCGUAUAUAGUAUACCUAUUUGCUACUACUUAAAUAUACCUGUACCUAUUGCAGCUGAAAUAUACCUGUGCCCUGUGGUGAGGUCUAAAUCGCUGCUAUGUACGUCUAACCUGCGUCUAGUGAAUCAACCUACAAUGGUUGUGCUGCACAACUGUGUGCCUUACAGGUUGAAUCGUGUAUACUUCUGGGUUCGUGAUAAUAAAUGUUUUGUUAUUCGCUUAUAUUGUGAAGUUUGUUUUGGAUAUUUCUAAAUAUCUUAGUAAAUAUGAGUUGAAGCGUUUCCUAUAUGAACAUCACUCAAUUAUGUUUACGUGUUACUAACACCCUGUAAUCAAUUCUAUUCUUAAGCUGGAUGAUAUACACACGUGACACGAGUAAGAUCUUGUUUACAUAGAUCUAUUGAUUGUGCAAUAUAUAGCAGCUCACUCAAAAGGCACGUACCUAUGCUUCUUUGUAAGCAGAGGUGCGUUUCUAUUUGAAUUAUCUUCCUCCUUAUUACACAUUAUAUGCAAUGCUACACCGUACAUGGGCACUUUUAACAGUAACUUUGACAAUAUAAUUCAUGUUUUUGGACACUAUGUAUAUUUUUGAGGGCAGUCGAGUUGUCGGGUAUCUAUUGUUGGAAUGCAAACGUUCUUUGCUAUCUUGAUAUUUUCUGAAGAACGUCUUACCGUGGUUGUUGCUACUAUGUGUUGGAAAGUCUCAGGUGAAAUGGGUCUAUAUGUUUCAUCCCAUUUUUCCACCCAAAUAAGACUAUCUAGUUUUAUUAGUCCAAUGCACUCGCCACUUGUCUUUCUUUUAUGUCUUUCAUUACUUAACAGAUUAAAUGAAAUUUAUCUUGAUAAAUUUUAAUCCUUUGUUGGUACAAUGACAAUCGUUCAAAAUCUAUUUUCUGUUGAAUACUUGAGACAACAAUAACGACAAGUUGCUUUUGUAGUUGGCGUUACCAUUAUUCAGUUUAUAUAUAUAUAUGCAUCAACUCCUGUUUUACGAAUGUUCUUAUUAUUCUGUGAUAUAUAUUACCUAGACGUCCGUGGUCUACAUUCCAGCGCCAAUUCCUUUUCUUACCACUUUUUGGUCAUUUUAAGAGAAAUGUGUUGUUGCUUUUGUAUUAAUGUCACAAUUAGUAUCUUUUAUUAUCAUUGCCCUUUCUAUUUUGCCAUUGUGCAUUCUUACUAUUUAAUUCCAACUGUCUACUUUGAUCUAGAAGUCUCCGAUACAAGCUCUCGCCUUUACACUUCAUUGGGAUUCUUUUUCAGGUACUUCAUCAAUUUCCCAGUCAUCAAUCCUUGCCUCUGUUGGAAUUGGAUGCGUGCUGACCUCCUGUCACGACCUUUAAAUCAGUCAUACACGAUGUAUAAAAGCUCUUAUACAAGCGUCAAAAAAUUUAAAGUUCGUGUCACACUCCGAAGUUAACAACAAGUUCAAUGAAUGCGUGUUAGCAAUCCUAAAAGACUAAAGCAUUCCGUUGUGCAUGUCAACAUCCUUAAAAAUACAGAAACAAUAUACUAAAACAUUCGGCAAUGUCACCUUUGCCUUCACACAAUCCCCUCUCUCAGCCCUCCACUCCUCAAGACCCCACUCUUAUCAUCCCCUCCUCUUCCUCAACCUCCACACGUUCUCCAAAUAUCUCUUCGCACUCUCAAACAUAGCCUCAGUUGCUCCCUCAGACAGACCCACAAUCAUUACAUCCACCCUUCGCUUGUCUCUCGUGCCCCACUUCGUUAAUCUCACCUCCCUCAUUCAGAAUCACCUCCAUCAUAGACUGAUACUCUCU